CGGGAGGGAGAAAACUCUGUUACUCACUCCGUCUCCAACUUUGAGAGGAAGUUACCACCUCUUCCCCAGACUCUGUGCAUGCACGCUCAGGCAGACACACACACACGCUCUUCAGGACUUGACCACAGCAGCAACAGGGAAUCAACAGAAGCAGUCAGGACUGCUUGUAAUGCUGUGUUGUUGUUUUUUUUUUUUUCAAAUUUGGAGGGAAAGAAGACUAAGACUUUCAGUUUGCCUGAGGCUUUCUGUGUGGACUGAACAGUUUCAGCAGGACAUUCUUUUCCUAUCACUGACCGCUCCGUCCCAGGCAAACCACAGAAAGACCAUCCACUGCGCCAGGAAUUAUUGCGGCUGCAGAGAAAUUCAAGGGUGGCCAAAUGAACUGUUCAGCCUGAGGACCAAAGAUCACGGGCUCUGAUCCAACGGCAAAGGGAGAGAAAGGGAGAGGAGCGUGAUCAUUUUGCACCCAUUCAACUUCUCAUUACACUAUGAGCCGGGACUGAGGGCGUGCUCCAAAGUUUCAUUUUGUGGUGUGAAGAAAACAAAGUCUAGACCACCAUGGAUGUGAAGAAAAAAGAAAUGGACCUCCUGAGCAACAGCAUAGCUGCUUAUGCACACAUUAAAGCAAACCCAGAGAGUUUCGGCCUUUACUUUGUGCUGGGAGUGUGUUUCGGCCUGGUGCUGACGCUCUGCCUGCUGGUCAUCCGCAUCUCCUGCAAGCCGAGGACCAACGUCACACCCUCCACGCCUGAGAAAAAACAGUUGAAGGACAUCAGCGAGGAGGAGGAAGAGGAGAGUGAGGAUGAUGAGGAUGAGGAGGGGGAUGAUGUUGAGGCACCAGUCCCUUUGCCCAGCACAGAAAUCCCUAUUGGUAAUCACAGCAGUCAAUCAGAUGGGACGCUGAGUGUGAACGUAUUUACUUCAGCUGAAGAGCUGGAACGGGCACAGCGACUGGAGGAGAGGGAACGUAUCAUACGGGAGAUCUGGAGGAAUGGCCAACCUGAUAUUCUGGGGACGGGAACAGGAACUAUUGGACGAGUGCAUUACUACUAGGAGGCUACAAGGGAAUCACUGUAAACUCUGUGACAGAGUGAUAAAGACCUUUGAAUGGGCCCGGUGUUCCUUGAGGCCUGAAAGACUUAAGUACCUGUGUUAGAUACAAAGUGACACUUGGAAACAGGACAAACAGUGAUGUGCCACAUUUGAUAUAGUUGGCUCUGAUGGAGCUGAACUUUGAGAUAUUGCACUUAAGAAGCAAUGUUGUUUUCAACUGACUACAUGAACUUGAACCAAGAAAUGUCUUAACAACUGCUUAAUCCACAUGGAGAAGAGGCAGUAUGAAUGUGGGAGCUGAUGGACACUUGAAGUAAUCAGUGUAUUAAAAUGUAUGGCGCAUAAUGACAGAAAUGCACACAACUUUAUGUUGGCUAUGUAAUGAGUAAAAAAUAAUGACAAUGUAUGUACUGUAUAUUGCAAUGAAGAUCAUUUGUUUGCAGUAAAGAGGAAAAGGAAAUUACAUUGAAUAAGGACAUCUCAGUUUGGGGGGUCAGAUUACACAUACAAUGUAAUGUAAAGACAAUUAAAAAUUGGAGACUUUAAUUUAUAAGUACAUUACAUCCAUGUCUAUGUUUUCAGGGAUAAUUCCACCAGAGGAAAUGACAGAAUUAAAGUAUUAAGCAGAAACAAUUUACUGUUGUUUCUCUUCAUAAUGCUCAAAUGUCAGACAAAUAUACAACAGAGCUCUUCUUCCUGUACCUUUGGGCCAUGGAUUUAUCAAGUUAAAAUAAUCUAUUUUUGUCAGUAUGAUUAAUGGAAAGGUCAUUCUUUGUCGAUUUGUUACUUCUGCUUAAUGUCUCUGUCUUAAAAAGGUUAAAGUAAUACAGUUUUAAAAUAAAAUUUCUAGGAACUCCAAAACCUUCUUGUGACAGUAAAUGUUUUUUUACAAGGCUCUAAUGGAGUCUGGGCGGUAUAAAAGGAUGUUCCGAAAACACAGAAAAGAAAAGAAACGAAAAAACCCUGAGGAAAAGUUGCAAAGCUUUAUCACAUCGACAAAUCGGUACCGGCUGUAACGCAUAACAAGCGCACCCUGUGUGUAAUGGCGGUCCGUUCAACCUGCAGCACACCUGCCCACUCGUUUGCUGCGUCUAGUGCUCCCCCUGUAGCAUUUUCUAGACAAACAUGCCGGUUAAAAGUCCAACCUUGUGGCUGAAAGUACAGUUUUUUGGAUUAAAAAUUCACAUAUGCGUCGCUUCCAUCUCCGGUGUCGCUUCUUCAUUGGACUGUUGGUCAUAUCAGCUGUCCUCAAACGCCUCUUCAAGAAGGCAAAGUUCUCCCUCACCUGACAACUUCGGACCACAUCACGAAGCUAAGUAGCUACUAGCAGUUGACGCUAACAUGUAUUGUGGAAUUGUUUGGCAAUGUUUUUAGCCACGCUAGCAGUGAAGUCUGCUACCGUGCCCGCCUCCCACCCCCCUGCGGGAUUACUUAUAACUAUUAACACGACGGUCAUGUUCCCCACAGCAUGAAUUACAGUAACUUUAGUGAUCCCCUGACUUUUCAUCUAAUGCCACCAUCCAGUCAGAAUUUUGAUUUAUCCAGUACUUUGGUUAGCGACCAAAUACCUGCAAAACUAAUGACAUUCCCAUCAGCCAGCUGUUUUUAGUGCUUAGUGCUAAAUAGUGAAUGUUAGGAAACACACUCAUGUAAGAUGGUGAAUAUGCUGCAAAAUCUCACAAUUAACAUUGGCACUGGGAGGAUAUUAACUUACUGACAGUUGCAUUCACUGCUCAAACCGCAAAGCUGUUAGCGUGGCUAUAAACUAUUGUUAAUUGUCUUUCUGUUGACCCUGCUCUUUUUUGGCAUGUCCUGAAGCAGCUGCUGAGUUGUACUGCUGACAUUUGUCUGAAUUUGCUCUUGUGCUGUCAAUACUGUAUAUUUUGAUUGCCUUUCUGUUCCUGUGCUGUUGAUAUGAUUGUUGCUACCAAUGUCUCCUCUUAUUUGUGUUCUAUGCUUUUGCGUGCUGCCUGAAUUUCCUCUUAUGCUGUUAAUACUGAUGUGUAGUGCUGCUAAUAUUUGUUCUUAUGCUGUUCAUAUAACGCUGGCUACUAAUUAUUGGUCUUAUUCUGCUGAUUUAUAGUAUAUGCAGGGUUUGGAUUGGUAUUAAUCAUGAAUUAUUGUGAGGGGCUAUCCUGCAGUGGUUGAGUUAAUUUUUCUUCUGGGUGUUCAGCUUGUUUUCGUGCUUUUGAUUUAUAUAGUAGUGACAAUUGAUAAUGUAUACUUGAAUAUUAAGUGUGUUUAGUUUUGUGACAUUCUUUGUGAUUUAAGAAGUUUCCUGAUGGCUCACUUUACUGACUGGUGUCUCUAGUAGGGUAAUAUUGUAAACCGGCUUCAGGGAUGUAAACCUGACUGUGACCACAGCUCAUUAAUGUUUAUUACUUCCCUGUAACAUUGGCUUCAUGGGAAACUCAGCAUGGUUUUUGUCACCCACAAGAUAGGUAGCCAUUUUCACAUUAUUUUCAGACACUUUAUAAUCAUCUUAGAGAAAUAUUUCAAUCUCCCAAUGCAAUGACUGCUUGCUUUACUGUUUUUCCUUUUACUGUACUGCUGCUGCUUCUAUGGUUGCCUUGCUUUUCUCUAUCCACGUGUUGAUGAUAAUCCGCUGCUGUUCACUGAUACAUACCAUUAACAUCUAACAUUAACAAAUAGCUAGAUUGCAUAUUUUGUGAUUGGAAAUACUUUGUUUAGGGAUGGCCAUGCUGGUGCCCACCCCACAGUAAGAUGAUGCUCACCAAAUAGUAUAUUGUCUUCAUUGUGAGUGGUGCCUUGCAGUGGAAUAGCCCACACAUUGUAAAUUCCACAUAAUAACUGGUGUCAGGGACAGUGUCUAAUGUGGUUUUUAUGGGAGGAAGGUUAUUGUCACUCCCAAAACACUGCUGCUCUGACUUUGGUGCAUGCUUGCGGGGAGUGACGAGGUCUGAGCUUAGAUGGCUAACAUCAGCUCUGUAUUCACAUAAUAAAUCUGUUCCACGUGAGUUGGCUGAUGGAAAUACUGUUUGACUGCCAAUAAAGAUGUACAGAACACUGA